AUGCCAAACGAUCUCAAACACCGGAGGGCUGCACCUGGCAGCUAUGCUCCUAACGGAAUUAUCACCAGGAAGUACAUUGUAUAUCGGCUUACCAUCAUGGGUCUGUGUUGGGACCAGAUCAUUGGCACCGUCCAAGCCGCCCCAGAUAGAUCUAUCUUUCUCUGGCAGCCAUGUGGCCAUAACCCGGUAGGCAUUGGACUGACUAAAGAGCAGUGGAAGGAGAUUGGAUACCAUUCCAAGAGAAAGUCUCUUCUCACGCUUUUUGAUAUGGCAUAUCAAGGGACAGAGUCAGGAGAUCCUGACCUUGAUGCUUGGCCCAUCCGUUAUUUUGCCGACCAGAAGUUGGAGUUCUUACUCAAUACAACAUUCUCUAAAUCUAUGGGUCUAUACUCCGAGAGAGUCGGUUCACUACUGGGGGUGUUCAAUUCUGUCUCAGUCCGUCAAGCAAUUGCUGAUAAAUCAGAAAAGCUCGUAAGGUGGGAGUAUUCAAAUCCGCCUGCAUACGGAGCCCAACUGGCAGGUCUGAUACUCUCAGACGAUGCACUGAGAGACGUCUGGUAUCAAGAUGUCGCAUGGAUGGCCCGCAGACUGCGGAAGGACCGCGCAUCCCUGAGACAGCGGAUAUUACAACACUUGGAAUCUAAGUUCACAGAAGCGUCCACAUGCGAUAGAAAAUGGGAUGGGCUCGAAGCUGAGCGAGGCUUCUUUUCACUUCUUCCUCUGUCGUCGCAGCAAGUGGAUUAUAUGAAGACACAUCAUGGCGUGGUUCUUCAGGCAAACGGUCGGAUCAACAUCGCCGGACUUCGUGAAUCGAUAUUGGAUAAAGUGGCAUUGGCUAUCGCCGAUGCGUCGAUGAAAGACCUGGCUUAG